CCGGAAACAGCAGGUUGUUGCUGCUGAAACAUCUUUAACGUCUCCGUUUACCAUCUCGGAUGCUAACUCACAACUACGCCGAUAGAAAAAUGGCUUUGACUCAAGAAAGCAUCUUAACGUUUUUACUGGAGCACGGGGGCAAAGUGAAAAACUCGGAGCUCGUGAACAAGUUUAAAGUAGUGAUCAACUCCAGUGAUCCCGCGGUAAAGAAAGAAAACCGGGAUCUGUUCAAACGACUGAUCAACAGCGUCGCCGUGGUUAAGCAGCUCGAUGAUGUGAAGUAUGUGGUCGUGAAGAAAAAAUACCAAGGAUUCGUCAAAGGUGAAACAAUCUCGUUGAGCAACAGUUUGGUUGACAUCAAAUCACAAUGCUUUAGAUCCGAUGAAAUACAGAAUGCUGAUAUAAUCAAUAACAAUUAUAAUUUUCCUACACAAACCGCAAGUCAGUGUUCGUCUCUUAAAAGUGAUCGUUCAGAACAAAUUAAAGCUGAUUCAGUUCAUCAUGGAGGACCAUCUGACUAUAACCUUGCCAAAGUAGUUAACGUUAGUAACGUUGAUGUCAGAAGUGGACAGACUGAGUCUGUUUUCGCUAUUGUGGCCAUAAAAACUUCACCAAAACCUGAGCUGCAUUGUGAUGAAAGGGGAAAAACACAUCACAAAGCACCAGGUAAUGCUAAGGUGAUGCCACCUCAAUGUAUUGCCGAAAGAAGCACAAAACUGAAGGAAACUUCACAUCUAAAGGAUGGUUUUCUGUACAGGUCUACAAGAACCAAACGAAAAGAGCUAGAAGCUCACAGUUCACCUCAAUUGCGAAGGUCUAGCAAAAUAUCCAGAUCAGGUAAUGAAGUUAAAGACACAGAUGUAAUUCCUCUGGGACCUGUUGAACACGAAUGGCUUGUAAAAUCAGCAAAAGGAUGCUGGACUCGGAUCUGUAGCCUCCUGCUUCAACAUCCUCAGCUGGCAGAGAAGCGAAAUUUCAUGUCUGGCUUUACCGUCCUGCACUGGGCUGCUAAAAGUGGAAACUGUGAAAUGGUGUGUAAAGUCAUGGAUGUGACAAGACAGUGUGCCGGAGGAAUCUGUGUUAAUGCCAAGUCUUAUGAUGGGUACACUCCUCUCCACAUUGCUGCCAUUCAUACCCAUGAGGGUGUUUUAUCGUUGCUGGUGUGCAAAUAUGGUGCCAACACUAAUAUAAGGGAUAACAGUGGAAAGAAACCUUACCAUUAUCUGAGUCAAGAUGUGUCUUUUGAAAUUAGAAAGAUGCUCGGAGAUCCUCGAUUCCUGCAUCCGAAUGGUGACUGUCAGUUAGGGGACGACCAGAAUCUCCAAGAGUUUCCAAAAGGAUUUAAGCCCUUGGGUAAACUAUUCCAGCCCCACGCUGGUGGACAUUUAAAGAAACGCAGACGUCGGCCAAGCUUUCGUUUCAUCAGUGACGACCAUUAAGACACAAAAAAAUCACUGCACUUAAUACAAACUGCUUCAAUGACACUAAGAAAUAUCCUGAAAGUUACU